ACAAAGCGAUUUGAAUUGUGCUUCGAUCUCAUCUCCGCCGACCCCGUUUCGCUUGCCCCUCGACCUUCUCUGCUCCUCUCGGUUUCUUUCCCGGAGGUUCGCUAUUCGAGAUAGUUCUGUCUCGGAUUCUGUCUGCCCUUGAAAAACUCUUUUCGCCGAUUCGAAACUCUGCCUGGCACACGCCGCAACCCCGCCGAAAAUGUCGUUAACAAACUGCCGUUUCUACGAGGAGAAGUACCCGGAGGUCGACAGCUAUGUCAUGGUCAAUGUCAAGCAGAUCGCCGAGAUGGGCGCGUACGUGAAGCUUCUCGAAUACGACAACAUCGACGGCAUGAUUCUGCUCUCCGAAUUGUCGCGAAGACGUAUUCGUAGUAUCCAGAAGCUGAUCCGCAUUGGACGUAAUGAGGUGGUCAUCGUUCUCCGUGUCGACAAGGAGAAGGGUUAUAUCGAUCUUUCCAAGCGCCGGGUCUCCCCCGAAGAUGUCAUCAAGUGUGAAGAGCGCUACAACAAGAGCAAGGCGGUCAACUCCAUCAUGCGACAUGUGGCCGAGGCUACCCAGACUCCCCUGGAGACGCUAUAUCAGACCAUCGGAUGGCCCUUGAACCGCAAAUACGGCCACUCGCACGACGCUUUCAAGAUCUCCAUCACGAACCCCGACGUGUGGAACGAGGUCGAAUUCCCCAACGAGAACGUGAAGAAGGAAUUGACGCACUACAUCAGCAAGCGACUUACUCCUCACCCCACCAAGGUCCGUGCCGAUAUCGAGGUUACCUGCUUCGGCUACGACGGAAUCGACGCCGUCAAGACCGCUCUGCGCACCGCCGAGGAGAGCAACACCCCCGAGACCCAGAUCAAGGUUAAGCUGGUUGCUCCUCCGCUGUACGUCCUGACCAGCCAGUGCCUGGACAAGACCAUCGGUAUCCAGAUGCUUGAGGAGGCCAUCCAACGGAUCGAGGCCAAGAUCAAGGAAGCCGGCGGUGGCUGCAUCAUCAAGAUGGCUCCUAAGGCCGUUACCGAGCACGAUGACGCCGCUCUCCAGGAACUCAUGGAGAAGCGUGAGCGUGAGAACCAGGAGGUUAGCGGUGACGAGAGCAUGUCCGAGAGCGACGACGGUGUUCCUGAGUAAACUUGCCUGGAUGAUACCUCUGGCGAUGUAAUGGGAUGAACCAGUCAGACCAUGUCGGCUGGUUUUGAGCAAGACUGCGGUUGAAAAAAGGAGAUACCGGGCUUUGAGGAGACUUGGCGGAGCUUGAGCAGAUGCGGUUAAAAAAAAGUUGCAUAGAAGAGUUUCGAAUGUGACAUGAUUUAUGAGUCGGGAGAACGGUUUAAUGUGCACACGGCCGACGUCGUGAUCAAACAGCAAUGUCGACGACAUGGAGGCAAGUCCUCUGUUCGAUGGGAAUGGUGUAACCCAGAUUACAGUGCCACAAUGCAUCACAGUCUGGCGGUUUGGCCUCGUGUUUGGAUCUCUGUUCAUGAGCGUCUGGAUGAAGAUGUUCGUUCUAUCCACCUUCUCAUGUACAUAAGCUUCACUGAUCUACGGGUCGAUGCCUGUGGUUCCUGUUUAGACUACUACUAUCCACAUAUCUUCUUUUUUUUUUUUUUUCUUUCUUUUUUUCUCUUUCAAUUUGUGUCUCCGUUAUCUAGAUAUUUGGCAGGAGAUCGCCGUUUCUUUGUCGACUG